AUGAUAGUGCCGGUUCUUCUACUCUCGGCAGCAUGCGGAGUCCUAGGCUCUGGAGUCCACCAUGAAUUACCAGUUGGAGCCGCCCCCGUCGUCACGGCUUCCAGCUCACAGUACUUCGAGAGGACAUACAACCGACUGGUAGCACCACCGCUGGGAGUGGUACCGGUAGCUCCUCCGCCGCCAUUACAAGUCGUACCUGUAGCCCCGCCUCCACCGCUACAAGUUUUCCCCGUAGCUCAGGCACCACCGCAAGUAGUACCAGUCGCACCAGCACCGCCAGUGGUGGUAGAAGCUACCAGAACCACGGCAGUGCCAGCGAACCCCACGAAUGCACCGCUACCAGCUGAUCCUAAUAUUGCUAUAGCCAUCGCAACCGCACACGCUGCCGCCCCUGUUGCUACGUUCCUCCUACCGCCCUUUCCGUUCGGUUUCCCACCAGGCUUCGGGCUAGCUCAACCACCUGACACCAACUUCAACACGGAUUCGACCACACCAACUUCAACCACGAUCCAAACGACGACAGAGCAGGAGCAGGAAUCAACAACCGCUCUACCCUCGAACAUCGACAACAGCUUCGCUCAAGCGUUACCUUCCAACGAGAACGUCAAUUUCAAGCACUACGGUCUCCCCCUACCGCCACCACGUCAGAAGCCCCAAAAACUGAAAACCAGCGUUGAGGUAGUUCCUGUCCCAUUGGCGUAUAUUGCUCCACCUCCGUUGGAUCUCCACCAUCAUCAUCAUCACCACCAUGGCCACCAUCACCUAGCCCUGAAAGCGGUUCCUCACGUUCACACUUACAUACCAAAGACGGCUAAGAUAAUAAUAAGACCAGUUUCGUACAGAACACGAGUUGUGAGAGUGCCGGCCUCCACGCAAGCUUCUAGAAAGGUACAAAGAAAUCCACAAAAUAUCAGGAGCAGAUCGAGAGAUGUGGAAGAGACCACUAUAAGGCCAAUAAGCAGGCCUGCGUCGAAGCCGCCGCGACUGUAA